CUUUAGUUGGUUAGAAUUUGGCAUCAAUUCUAUUUUGAACAUUGGCUGUGGUACUUUAUUUCUAUUAAAUAUAUUUACAAUAGUUUUAAUACCAAAACCGCAUUCUUCCAAUGCCUCUUUGACUUCACUAGAGUCUACGGCUGACUCUUUUCCCUUAACGACAAUAGGCCCUUAGAGCUCUUCAAUUGAUACAAAUAAUAAUUCUUGUUUUUAUUUGACAAAAAUUUGACGAUUUCUGUAAAACUUUUUUCAGUAUAGGACUGAGUUUUUGUUUCAUCUAUAUUGCCUUUUUCAAAGGCACUAUAUGAAAAUUGUUCGUAUCUAUAACUUCACUUAAUUUCGCAACAAGGGUAUUACUGCAAAUAUGUUGGAGGUGGUUUGGCAUUAACGACUGUGGUGGUACCCUUCGCAUUGUCGUCUAAACCAUUGCUUAGUAUGGUAAAUCUGUUGUCAUUGAGGAUUUCUGGCUUUUUCUGGACUUUGAUAAAAGUAAAAGCUUAAAUGCGUAAAGCUUUUCCCCACACGUGUGGUGAACAAAAUAAUGUAAAUAGAAAACAGCUGAUUUCUAUUCAAAUUAUUCGUUAAAAUGGACUGUUCUGCAACGUAAGUUUUCAAAUUUUAAUUAUUAACCAAAUUUAUAAUUUAACUUUUAUUUUAUAGUAAACCCAAACACGAUAGAGCUACGCACGAGAUGAUGGCAUAUGUGUUGUUUUGCCAAGCACACCAAGAAAUAGGUACGGGGAAAAAUUGCCCAAAAACGCCUCAACGGAUGAAGGAAUUGUGGCAACAGCUGGCAGAUCAACUUAAUUCGUGCAGAGGACCAAUACGAAGUGCUGCAAAAUGGAAAGAGACGUUAGGCGUUUGGAAAAGCGCACUCGAGCAAGGCGGUUGAAAAUGACUCAAAGGUGGAGGUCCAAGUUCCAAGCCGAUGACGGACUUCGAAGAAAUGGCUUUGUCUACAUUUGGCUCGGCUGCUGUAGAAGGGAUACAAAGUAUACAAAGCUUUGGUUUAACGCCAAUUGAGCAAACGAUUGAAUACGCAAUUGCAUCACCCACGGGUAGUCCUCUGCAAUUAUGCAGUCAGGUAGAAGCAACCCCAAAUUCCGACCACCAUCCUGGAAGUCCAUCGACACCAACUACAAAUCUUAGCUUGGAAAACCUGAAUGCUUCAACUUCGGUGAUAUCGCAGCUCAUCAGAACUUUAAUAGCGGAUAUACCAAAAAGGAAUGCUGCUGAAGAGGAGAGGCGACGGGAGCAACGUGAAAUGAUGCAGGCCAUUCAAGGCCUAACUAAUUCAAUUACGGAGCUAAUAAAAUCGUUUACUAAUAAUGUAAAAUAAUUUCUAAAUUUUAAUUAAAAU